CCCUGCUGGAGCCUGCGGGCAGCCCCCAGCCCCCCAUGGAGAAGGCGCCUGCUGCCGCCUCCCCACCCCGGACAGAGACGCCCCCCCGCAGCCCCCCCUGCCGGGCUCCCCUGCUCCCCAGCUGGGCCCCCUGCAGCCCAGGGAAGCGAUGGAGUGUGGGGAGGAGGAGGGGAUGGACACGGCAGGGGGCGAGGCGGGGUCCCUGGCCAGCCCUGUGGAGGAUGGCGCCCAGCCCACCCCAGCUGUGGCCCUGGGGCCGUUCCCAGGCUUGGCGGGGGAGGAAGAGGAGGAGACUGCUGCCGGGCUGGAGCAGGCAGGGGCCGAGGGGAGGGGCUCUCCCCCACUGAGUGAGGACGGGCUGGAGGAGAGCCGGGGCCGGGGGGACCCUGAGUCCAGCCAGACCCCGGUCAGCUUCACCAGCGAGCCUAAGGGGUCCCCCAUGCUGCUGGAGCCCGAGGAGCUGGGCCCAGCCACCCCGAUGGAGGUGUAUGGGACGGGCGGGAAGCUGCUGGAGCGUGGGGAGGAAGUGGGCCCCGAGCCCCCCAUCCUGCGGCCCCGUCCCACCCUCAUCAAGUCAGACAUCGUCAACGAGAUCUCCAACCUGAGCCAGGGCGACACCAGGAGCAGCUUCCCCGGCUCGGAGCCCCUGCUGGGCUCUCCGGACCCCGAGGGCGGGGGCUCGCUCUCCAUGGAGUUGGGCAUGACCUCCACUGACAGCCUGCAGAAGGACGACGCCGGCUCCCUGCCCCACUGCACCGACUCGCUGGCCGAGACGGACGACUCGCUGCUCUUCGAGCCAGGCGCUGGGGCCAAGGGCGAGGGGGAGAAGGGGCGUCGGCGCAGCUCGCCGGGGCGCUCCCGCAUCAAACAGGGUCGCAGCAGCAGCUUCCCGGGGAGGAGGCGCCCCCGAGGCGGGACCCAGGGGGGCCGGGGCCGGGGCCGAGCUCGGCUGAAGUCGACCACCUCGUCCAUUGAGACCCUCGCGCUAGCAGAUAUCGACAGCUCCCCCAGCAAGGAGGAUGACGAGGAGGAGGAUGACACCAUGCAGAACACCGUGGUGCUUUUCUCCAACACGGACAAGUUCGUCCUCAUGCAGGACAUGUGCGUGGUGUGCGGCAGCUUCGGGCGCGGGGCGGAGGGGCACUUGCUGGCCUGUUCCCAGUGCUCCCAGUGCUACCACCCCUACUGCGUCAACAGCAAGAUCACCAAGGUGAUGCUGCUGAAGGGCUGGCGCUGCGUGGAGUGCAUCGUCUGCGAGGUGUGCGGAAAGGCCUCGGACCCCUCGCGCCUGUUGCUUUGCGACGACUGCGACAUCAGCUACCACACCUACUGCUUGGACCCGCCGCUGCACACCGUGCCCAAGGGCGGCUGGAAGUGCAAGUGGUGCGUGUGCUGCGUGCAGUGCGGGGCGGGUUCCCCUGGAUUCCACUGUGAGUGGCAGAACAACUACACGCACUGCGCCCCCUGCGCCAGCCUUGUCACCUGCCCCGUCUGCCGGGUGAAGUACGUGGAGGACGACCUGCUCAUCCAGUGCAGGCACUGCGACCGGUGGCUCCAUGCUGUGUGCAACAAUCUCUUCACGGAGGAGGAGGUGGAACAGGCAGCAGACGAGGGCUUCGACUGCAGCUCCUGCCAGCCCUACGUGGUCAAGCCAGUCGUUCCAGUCGCCCCCCCAGAGAUUAUCCCAGUGAAGAUCAAGGAGCCGGAGCCCCAGUAUUUCCGCUUCGAAGGCGUGUGGCUGACGGAGACGGGCAUGGCCGUGCUGCGCAACCUGUCCAUGUCCCCCCUGCACAAGCGCAGGCAGCGCAAGACCCGUCUCGGCACCCUGAAUGGGGAGGGGGGCCUGGAGGGGGGUGACCCCCUGGGCACGGACGAGAAGAAGGACGGGGAUCUGGAUGGGGACGACCUGCUGAAGGGUGAAGUGGGCGUGGAGCACAUGGAGUGUGAGAUCAAGCUGGAAGCUGCGGCCAGCCCCGACCGGGACGGAGGGGCCGACGUGGACUCGGGGAAGGGGCUGGAGGAUUCGGAGGAGUGCAAGAAGAGGAAGCGGAAGCCCUACCGCCCAGGGAUCGGUGGGUUCAUGGUGCGGCAGCGGAAGUCCCAUACGCGGCUGAAGAAGGGCUCGGCAGCACUGGUGGAGGCAUGUCGCGAGGUGCUGAGCGCCGAGGGGCACCCGGAGGACGGGGCGCCGGCGGAGAUCCCAGCGGAGGGCGCUGCGGAGCAGGGCGCCACGGAGGGGGACGAGAAGAAGAAACGCCGAGGCAGGAAGAAGAGCAAGUUGGAGGAUAUGUUCCCUGCCUACCUCCAGGAAGCGUUCUUCGGGAAGGCGCUCAUGGACCUGAGCCGUAAGGCCCUGCUGGCCGCAGGGGGUGUGGGGGAUGGAGCUGCCUGCCCCCCCUUUGGCCAGGGUGCUCCCAGACCCAGGGUGGACCCUGGGGUGCCCGGAACACUCCAGAGGGUGCCUGGAGAUGGGAAGGAGACCCCUGCCCAUCUGAAAGGGGACGACAGCAUGGACAGCAGCGCCCUGGUGGCCCAAGAGGAGGACCCGAAAGGGGCGGAAGUGAAGGCUGAGGACCCAGGGGCAGAGGAGCCGAAAGGUUCUCCGGAUCCUGGGGACAGCGAGAAGCCGGCGACGCCCGGCGAGGGUGCCCUGAGCUCCGACCUUGACAAGAUCCCCACAGAAGAAUUGCCCAAGAUGGAGAGCAAAGACAUCCAGCAGCUCUUCAAGGAUGUGCUGGGCUCUGCCGAGCGGGAGCAGCAACUGAACUGCGUGGCGGCAGGGAUGGAGGCCGGCAUGGGAGGGCGAGACCCCAACCGAGCGCAGCUCUCCCAGAGGCCCUUCCUGCAAGGGAGUGUUUCUCUGGGCUCGCUCUCCUCCACUGUCCCCAUGGAGUCCUACUCAGGAGUCUGCCAGUCCCCGUUCCUCGAUAACAGGGAGAGAAGCGGCUUCUUCAGCCCAGACCACUGCGAGCCCGAGAGCCCCUGGGCCAGCAGCUCGGCUGCCACCACCCCCUCCACGCCCACCACCCCAACCACGGAGGGUGAGGGGGAUGGGCUCUCCUACAACCAGCGGAGCCUACAGCGCUGGGAGAAGGACGAGGAGCUGGGCGAACUGUCCACCAUCUCGCCCGUCCUCUAUGCCAACAUGAACUUCCCCAGCCUCAAGCAGGAUUACCCAGACUGGUCCAGCCGCUGCAAACAGAUCAUGAAGCUCUGGAGAAAGGUCCCAGCCCCGGACAAAGCCCCCUACUUGCAAAAGGCCAAAGAUAACCGGGCGGCUCAUCGCAUCAACAAGGUGCAGAAGCAGGCCGAGAGUCAGAUCAACAAGCAGACCAAAGGGGAGGUGCUGCGCAAGCCUGAGAGACCCUCACUGCACCUGAGGAUCCCGCCCCAGCAGGGGGCGCUGCCGGGUGCUGCGGGGCAGCCCGUCUACAUCAACAGCCCGGUGGCCCUGCCCGGCUCCGCAGACGGGUUCCUGAAGUCCCCUGCUGGCGCCGAAGCUGCGGCUGAGUCCAGCGAGGUCUUCCUCAAGCUUCCUUCCCAGUCCCCAGCCCAAGUGCCUUCGCACGACCCCUACAGCUACCCGCUGGAGCCCCGCUUCCCCUCGCCCCUGGGUCAGAGCCCCACAGCCGGAGCUGCCUUCCAGCCCUUCCCCACACAACAGCAGCAGCUCCUGCCCACUCCCCGGCCGGCCCUGGGCCCCCAGCCUCCGGAGUUCCACCCCACCUCCCCCGGGACGCCCCGGCACCAGCCCUCCACCCCAGACCCCUUCCUGAAACCACGCUGCCUCAGUGGCUCUCUGGACAACCUGUCGGUGCCAGGGAGCCCCGGGGCCAGGCCCCCCGAGCCCCUGCUCUCGCCCCCUCCCUUCGGGGAGCAGAAGAGGAGCCUGGAGGCUGGGGGGCUGCAGGUGAAGAAGGAGGAAGGGGGCCCGGGAGUGUGUUCUCCUGGCUACAUGGCCGCCAUGGGCUACGCCGACUCCCCGUCCCACCUCUCCUCCGCCGAGCUGAAGGCAGCCGACGUGUUCAAAGCCCCCCUGACCCCACGGGUCUCUCAGGUAGAGCCACAGAGCCCAGGGCUGGCGCAUCCCCACCCCCAGGCUCUGGCCCCCUCACCUCCCAGCCACCCCGACCUCUACAGGCAGUCGCCCUCCGUGUCCUGCUACUCGGACCCCUAUGCCCAGCCUCCCCUGACGCCCCGGCCACAGCCCCCCGACAGCUGCUGCGCCCUGCCCCCCAGGUCCUUGCCUUCCGACCCCUUCUCCCGCGUCCCCGCCAGCCCGCAGUCCCAGUCUAGCUCCCAGUCCCCUCUUACCCCCCGGCCGCUCUCCAAUGAGGCUUGCUGCCAGUCACCCGUCACCCCUCGCUUCCAGUCACCCGACCCCUACUCCAGACCCCCCUCGCGCCCCCAGUCCCGGGACCCUUUUGCCCCCCUGCACAAGCCCCCACGGCCCCAAAUGCCCGACUCCGGCUUCAAAUCGAUCCCAAUCUCCCACAAUCCCCCAGCUGGUGGUGGCUUCCCUCCGGCCCAGCCCAGUGACCCUCACUCCAAGGGGCCGGGGAGCCAGCAGCCCCCCUUCGCCCGCUCCCCUGGAGCCAGCGUCUUCGCUGGCGCCCAGGCCCAGAUGCGGUUCACCUUCCCCUCAGCUGUCUCAGAGCCCCUCAAGGGUUCCCCCUCCCACCAACCCCAUGGGAUGAACAGCCAUUUUGCCUCUAGCCAGCCCAUGGGCAAGCCCCAAAGCGCCAACUAUGCCUCCUCGCCCGGCUUCCACCAGGCCGGUAGCCCCCUGGGGCCUGGCAACUGCCCUGCUGAGACCUACACCCUCUCUCCCCUGCGGCCCCCCUCGGUGCUGCCGCAGCAGCCCCCCCACCCCCAGCAGCAGCAGGACGGCUCCCUGACCUACCUGCCCCGAGCCGGGAUGGCGCCGCCAGCUGACAAGCGGGACGAGGUGGUGUCGGGGAUCUCUGCUCUCCCCAGCCGGGAGCUGCCCGAACUGCCAGUCAGCCAGGAGGGCGCCGUCAGCAGCAUCAGCCAGUCGGAGCUGGAGAAGCAGAGACAGCGCCAGAGACUCCGCGAGCUCCUCAUCCGCCAGCAAAUCCAGAGGAACAAUCUGCGGCAGGAGAAGGAGAGCGCGGCCGCCGCCACCAGCUCCUCCCAGGCAGCGUGGAGCGCCGAAGCCAGCAGCCAGGCCUUCGAGCAGCUCCGGGGCCUGGCACCCUACCAGCCAGCACAGGACAAGAGCGCCCUUGGGAAUCUGCCCGCAGCCCCCGGCAGCAGCAAACUCUCCGGGCCAGCCAUGGUGCCCGCGGCCUUCGCACCGGACGAACGGCUUUCCCGCCCGCCUCCCGCUGCCACGCCCUCUGCCAUGGACCUCAAUGGCAGGCCGUCGGUGGGAGCCCCCCAGACCUUCUUCCCACGCGGCAUGUUCCAGGGGCCCUCCCCACAGCAGCAGCAGAUGUGGCAGCAGCAGCAGGCGGCGGCCGUGCGGCUCCCCGGCCCCGCCCGCUUCCAGCAGCCGCCUGGCCAUGAGCUCAGCCGGCCGGCGCUGGGGGGCCUGGCUGGGCGCAUGGCGGGCCCUGCCGAGCAGAUCCCGUCCUCGCCCGGCGCCGUGGGGGCCCAAUUCAUUGAGCUGCGGCACAACGCCCAGAAGGGGGCAGCCGGGGGCAUGGGCUCCCCCUUUGCCCAGCAGGGCCCCCCAGCCAGACCACGCUUCUUCUUGCCCGGCGACGAGAGCUCCAGCCAGGCCCUGCGUGCCUCCGUCAUGCCUCUGCCAGCCCCAGUCCUGCAGCCCCAGAAGCUGCCGGCCCCUCUGCCGCCCUCCGCUACUUCCCCGCAGGGGGCUGAGCGGAGCCACCAGCCUCCUCCCAAAAGCGGCCCUCCGGUGCCCCCGCCUCCCAGUGGCCUGGAACUGCAGCAUGGCCCACCCCGCCCUCUGUCAUCCUCCGGCUCCGGCCUGCGUCCCGACGGCCCCAAGGACAGCCCCGCCAUGGAGCCCCCACUGGCUCCGGUCCCGGCUCCAGCUCCCAGCAAGAGCCACUUGGCGCUGGAGGGUGGGCGGCUCCCGUGCGAGGUGCCGGUGGAGCCUGACCUGGACGACGACUUCGACUCCCACAAGGACCUGGAGGACGACGACCUGGCCAACCUGAGCCUGGACCCGGACGUGGCCAAGGGGGACGACGACCUGGGCAACCUGGACAACCUGGAGACCAACGACCCCCACCUGGACGACCUGCUGAACGGCGAUGAGUUCGACCUGCUGGCCUACACCGACCCCGAGCUGGACACAGGCGACAAGAAGGACAUCUUCAACGAGCACCUGCGCCUAGUGGAGUCGGCCAACGAGAAGGCCGAGCGCGAGGCCCUGCUCAAGAGGGAGCCGGCUGGGCCCUGCCCCAAGGGCCCCGGGGAGCCCAAGGAGCUGGCACCCCCCAGGGAGGGGCUGCUGCCCGCCCCCUGCCCCUCCAGCACGGCACCGGCUCCCCACCCAACCUUCAAGGCCCAGGCCAGCAUCCUGGAAGCCAAGCCGGCCUCCCUGCCGUCCAGCGUCCAGCCCAAGCUGGAGGAAGGCUGCCUGAAGACAUCCCCCUGUCAGUUCAACACUGGCGCCUCUGACCGCCUCCCGGUCCCCGUCAAGUCAGAGGCCCUCCAGGGGGCCGAGAAAAUGGCUGCCUCCCUAGGCCUGACCCUCAAGUCUGGCCAGAACCUGCUGAGUGCCGGAGCGGGGCCCGUGCGGCUCGGCACAGCCCCCUUCCCUAACAACAGCCAAGCUGCCACCUCUGGCUCAGACAAGGGCCCCUACGCCGCCCCGGGCCGCGGGCUGGCACCCGGCCAGAGCCCUGCCCUGCUGGAGCUGGGUGGAGGGGCCUUGGGCCUGGCCAACGCCCAGCACUCGCAGGCUGACGACCUGGAGAAGAUGGAGAGCUCCCUGGUGGCCAGCGAGCUGCCCCUGCUCAUCGAGGACCUGCUGGAGCACGAGAAGAAGGAGCUGCAGAAGAAGCAGCAGAUGUCGGCCCACCUGCCGGGGGGUGCCCAGCACCUCCAGACUGUGCAGCAACAGCAGCAGCACUCCGUACUGGCUCACCCUGCAGGGCCGGCCCAGCCCCCGGACGGGCAGGCUCCCCGCCUGGUGGGGCCCCAGCAACAGCUGCAGCUGGGCCUCAUCGCCAGGCAGCAGAACCUGGUGCCCACCCAACAGCUAAUGACGCAGCAGCAGCGGGUGGUGGGACCCCAGCAGGGCCAGGUGCUGGCCCCACACAUGGCGAUGGCGCAGCCCCAGCCUCAGCCCCACGUCCUUGCGGCCCAGCACGGCGUCCAGCCGGCGCUGACCCCACAGCCGAACCAGCAGCUGGUGCAGAAGCAGAUACCUGGGGUGCAGCCGACCCCCAUGGGCAUGAAACCCCAGCAGCUCGUCAUGCAGCAGCAACAGCAGCAAUUGGCCAACAGCUUCUUCCCCGACACAGACCUGGAUAAGUUUGCGGCCGAGGACAUCAUGGACCCCAUCGCCAAGGCGAAGAUGGUGGCACUGAAGGGCAUCAAGAAGGUGAUGGCUCAGGGAAGCAUUGGGGUGGCCCCUGGAAUGAACAGGCAACAGGUGUCCCUGCUGGCUCAGCGGCUCUCGGGGGCCACGGCCGCGGCCGAAAUGCAGAACCACGUCCCAGCUGGGAGCGGACAGGAGCGAAGUGGCAGCGACCCAUCUCAGACCCGCCCCAACCCACCCACCUUCGCUCAGGGCGUCAUCAACGAGGCCGACCAGCGGCAGUACGAGGAGUGGCUCUUCCACACCCAGCAGCUCCUGCAGAUGCAGCUGAAGGUGCUGGAGGAGCAGAUCGGCGUGCACCGCAAGUCCCGCAAGGCCCUGUGCGCCAAGCAGCGCACGGCCAAGAAGGCCGGUCGCGAGUUCCCCGAGGCCGACGCCGAGAAGCUCAAGCUGGUGACGGAGCAGCAGAGCAAGAUCCAGAAGCAGCUGGACCAGGUUCGGAAGCAGCAGAAGGAGCACACCAACCUGAUGGCCGAAUACCGCAACAAGCAGCAGCAGCACCAGCAGAGCUCCGCCGUUAUGGCCCUGAGCCCCUCGCAGAGCCCCCGGCUCAUGGCCAAGCUCCCGGGCCAGCUGCUCUCCGCCCAUGGCGUCCAGCCACAGCUCCCCCAGCAAACUGGGGCCAUGGUGGGGGCGCAAGGCCUGGGCCAGCAGCCCAACCAGCUGGCAGGGCAAGCAGGCAACGUGCGCUUGCCCCAGGGCGGCGUCUCCAUGGCGGUGCAGCAGGGCCUGUCCUUCAUGGGCCAGCAGCAGCUGGGAAACGCAGCCGUCCCCGGCACGUCCAACAGCUUCUUCCCUGGGAAUCCCGCGCUCCGGGGGCUGGCCGCCGACAGCCGGCUGAUGCAGGAGAGGCAGUUGCAGAGGAUGCAGCUGGCUCAGAAACUGCAGCAGCAAAGCAUGCUGGGACAGGUGUCAUUGCAGCAGCAGCAAAGCAUGCUGGGACAGGUGUCAUUGCAGCAGCAGCAGCAGCAAAGCAUGCUGGGACAGGUGUCAUUGCAACAGCAGCAGCAAAGCAUGCUGGGACAGCAGCAGCAAAGCAUGCUGGGACAGGUGUCGCAGCAGCAACAGCAGCAGCAAAGCAUGCUGGGACAGGUGUCGCAGCAGCAACAGCAGCAGCAAAGCAUGCUGGGACAGGUGUCGCAGUCGCAACAGCAGCAGCAAAGCAUGCUGGGACAGGUGUCGCAACAGCAGCAGCAAAGCAUGCUGGGACAGGUGUCGCAGCCCCCUACUCCCCAGCAGGGCAGUGGGGGGCAGCCCAUGGUUCCGAAGCAGCAGGGGAUCCUGGUCCAGCCGCUCUCGCCUCAGCCGCAGCCGGGGAUGAUGGGGCACUCCCAGGUGUCCAUGCUGCAGCAUCAGGGCGUCGCGGGCCACCAGACCCCCCCGAGGCAGGUGCUGUUAGCCCCCCACCAGCAGAGGGUGCUGGGCUCGCCGCAGCUGGUGCAGCAAACUCACGGCCUCAUGGGCCACCGGCUGAUUUUAUCGCCAGCGCAGCAGCAGCAGGCGGGACUUCUGGGCCAGUCACGGACGUUGCUGACCCAGCAGCAGCAGCAGAGCUCUCUAGCACAGCAUCCGGCCCUGCUGGGGCAGGGGCAGGGGCAGGCCGCCCAGCCGGGCCUCCUGGGCCAGGACCUCGGGGGGCAGCCGCACAUGGGCACUCAGGAGCAGCCGGGCAUUCAGAACCUCAAUCCCCUGGCACUGCCCAGCCAGGAGCAGCUGGCGCCCCUGGGCGGAGAGCAGCAGCCGCAGAAACACCAGCCCGAGCUGGGGCAGCAGCAGCCCCGCUCACUGCCCUCCCCGCAGCAGACCAUGGCGAGCUCCCUGCAGCGAAUGCAGGGGGGCCUGCAGCAAGGCAACCUGCUUCAUCCGCCGCUGCAGAACUGCGCGGGGCUGGCGCAGCUGGGGGGCACCAUGAGGCCAGAGCAGCCGCACUCGGACCCUGCCCAGGGGCCUCGCUUGCUGGCCCCGCCGAGCUCAGGGGCAGAACCCCAACAGCAGCCCGGGAGCAUGACGAGCCAGGGGCAAAGCAUCAUGGUCCAGCUGCCGCCGCCGCAAAGGAUUGUGGGCCAGCCGCCAGCACAAAGCUUAGACCAGCAAGCCAAAGGGCUGGCGGGCCAGCGGCUGCCGAGCCCGGCGGGGCAGCACAAGGCCGGGCUGGUGGGGCAGCCGCAGCAGAGCAUGCUGGUCCCGCAGGUGUCCCAUGCACAGAGCAUCCUGAGCCAGGUGUCCGCUCCCGUGAUGGGCCAAAUCCGAGCGCAGCUGCAAGGCGUCAUCUCCAAAAACCCGCAGCUGCGGCACCUCACCCCGCAGCAGCAGCAGCAGCUCCAGGCCUUCCUGGUGCAGCGCCACCAGCAGACCCUGCUGCAGCAGAGCCAGGCGCUGAGACAGGCCAGCCCCUUCCCGGGGCAGGCCCAGGCAUCCGUCGAGCAGGGGCCGCCCCCGCCCUCAGCCCUGCAGGCCUCCAUGGUGCGCCAGCAACUGAGGCAGCCGGGGACAGUGUUCCAGGUUCGGCCAGCCGGCCCCUCCGUUGCUGCCGAGCAGAUGCAGCCAGGGUUUGUCAUGGAGCAGGCGUCCGCCGGCCAGCAGAGAGUGCCGCUGAGCGCCCCCCAGCAGCCGCUGGCGGAGCUGGUGCACACGGCGCUGGCGGGACGGAGUCCCCAGCAGGGGGUGCUCAGACUCUCUGCCCCACCAGCAGCUGCCCCGGUCCAGCCGCCCAUGAGCAUGGUGAGCCUGGGCUCUGUGCAGCAGCACCCCCGCCCCAGCCGGGAACAGAGCCCCCAAGAGCCAAAGGAAGCCUCCCCGCCCACCCUGGUCAGGCCGCCCAGUGUGGCACAGAGCCCCGGGGCACAGCCCGAGCACAGGCUGACGCCCACCCAGAACAGCCUCCUGGCGGAGCCGGUGCCUGCGGUCCCAAAGCCUCCCCCCAGCCAAACAGGGGAGGAGUCCUUUGCCAGGACCCCUGGCCACUGGGAGCCGGCAGCGCAGGGUCCCCACUCCUCUCCCAGCAUGGAGCCCACGGAUGGAUCGAGAAAGCCACCAGCCGGGAGUCAAGUCAACGGGCAGGGGGUAGAAAGGCCAGGCCCACAGGCCUCUCCCCUGCCAGCCCAGGCCCCCGGGGUCUGCAUCAAGCAGGAGCCCAAGGAGGAGACGGCGCAGUGUGUGCUGGGCGGGGGCCAGGCUGUGAAACGCGAGGCCAACGGGGAUCCGGCGCCCGCCCCGGCCAACAAUCUACUGAUGGGCAGCCAGCUGCUGGCGGGCGCCAGGUCUGAGGCCGGGCACCUGCUGCUGCAGAAGCUGCUGCGGGCCAAGAACGUGCAGCUGGCGUCGCAGCGCUCCGCCGAGGGGCUGCGCGCCGAGGUCAACGGGCACAGCGAGGGCAAACUCUCGGGGCUGGAGCAGAGGCUGCAGGCGGCUCCCCCUGGCCGAGAGGAUCCCUCCGCCAGCAAGAAGCCUCCGGCCCCGAAGCCCAAACGGGCGCAGAAGAGCGGGGAGCGGGUGGCCGCCUCCCGCAAGAAGCUGCGCAAGGAGGAUGGGCUCAAAUCCAGCGAGGCCCUAAUGAAGCAGCUGAAGCAGGAGUUCUCCCUGCUGCCCCUGGUGGAACCCACCAUCACGGCCAACUUCAGCCUCUUCGCGCCCUUCGGCAGCAGCCCCAUCAACGGCAAGAACCAGCUCAAGGGGGCGUUUGGCAGCGCCGUGCUGGACAGCGUCCCUGACUACUACACCCAGCUGCUCACCAAGAACAACCUGAGCAACCCGCCCACCCCGCCCUCCUCGCUGCCCCACCCACCCCCCUCCGUGCAGCAGAAGAUGGUGAACGGCGUCACCUCCUCGGAGGAGCUGGCCGAGCAGCCCAAGGAGCCGGACCAGGCCCGGGAAGCCGAAGGCCGGAAGGACGCGCCAGCCGUGGAGGUGAAGAGCCUGGACCUGCUGGCGGCCCUGCCCACGCCCCCGCACAACCAGACCGAGGACGUGAGGAUGGAGAGCGAUGAGGAGAGCGACUCCCCCGACAGCAUCGUUCCCGCCUCGUCCCCAGAGAGCGUCCUGGGCGAGGAGCCGCCCCGCUUCCCCCUGCUGGCCGAGGUGAAGCCGGAGCUGCCGGAGCGGGUGCUGUCGCCCGUCAUCCCCAUCAUCCCCAGGGCCAGCAUCCCAGUGUUCCCUGACCCAAGGCCCCCCGAGGAGCACGGCGGGAAGGUGGCCCUGGCGCAGGGCGUCGCAUGGGAGAAGGGGAAAGGCAGCGAAGUCUCCGUCAUGCUGACCGUCUCGGCCACAGCUGCUAAGAACCUGAACGGCGUCAUGGUGGCCGUGGCCGAGCUGCUCCGCGUGAAGAUCCCCAGCUCCUACGAGGUGCUGUUCCCCGAGAGCCCGGUGCGGGGCUCCGGCCCUGAGGCCAAGAAGGUGGAGACGGACGGGGCUGGUGGGCUCGGCGGCAAGGCCAGGGCGGCACUGGCCGGGAAAGCCCCCGAUGCUGGCACCGAGUGGCUGAAACAGUUUGAUGCCAUGCUGCCGGGGUACAGCCUCAAGAACGAGCUGGACAUCCUGACGCUGCUCAAACAGGAGAGCCCGGGCCUGGAGAAGGCCGUGCAGCACUGCUACGUGAACAACGUCUCCAACCUGGACGUGCGUCAGCUCUCCAUCCUGCCCCAGGAGCCGUCCCCGCCCCUGUCGCCCCUUGUCCCCUCCCCUGCCAGCCCCGCCGACGGGGACAGGAUCCCAGAGGCGCCCCCUGAGGUGGCCCCCGCGCCCCCCUCCCCGCCAGCCCUCUCCCCGCCCUCCAAGGAGGAGGCGGCGCGCUCGCCGCCCAAGCUCAAGCAGCGCUCGCGGCCCCCGGAGGAGGGAGAGGAGCCCCGGCCCCGGCUCAAGAAGUGGAAGGGGGUGCGGUGGAAGCGGCUCCGCUUCCUCAUCACCAUCCAGAAGGGCGGCGCCAAGCAGGACGGCGAGGAGGAGAUCUCCGAGUUCAUCGAGAAGCUGGGCACCACCCUGCGGCCCGAGAAGGUGCCCCGGGACCUGCGCAAGUGCUGCUUCUGUCACGAGGAGGGGGAUGGUGCCACCGAUGGGCCCGCCCGCCUCCUCAACCUUGACCUGGACCUCUGGGUGCACCUGAACUGCGCCCUGUGGUCCAGUGAGGUGUACGAGACGCAGGGCGGGGCGCUGAUCAACGUGGAGGGGGCACUGCACCGUGGGCUGCUCACCAAGUGCUCCCUGUGCCAGAAGACGGGCGCCACCAACAGCUGCAACCGCAUCCGCUGCCCCAGCGUCUACCACUUCGCCUGCGCCAUCCGGGCCAAGUGCAUGUUCUUCAAGGACAAGACCAUGCUGUGCCCGCUGCACAAGCUCAAAGGCCCCUGCGACCAGGAGCUCAGCACCUUCACCGUCUUCCGGCGCGUCUACAUCGAGCGCGACGAGGUCAAGCAGAUCGCCAGCAUCAUCCAGCGCGGCGAGCGCCUCCACAUGUUCCGCGUGGGCGGCCUGCUCUUCCAUGCCAUCGGCCAGCUGCUGCCCCACCAGAUGGGCGACUUCCACAGCGUCACAGCCCUCUACCCCGUGGGCUUCGAGGCCACCCGCAUCUACUGGAGCCUGCGCACCAACAACCGCCGCUGCUGCUACCGCUGCACCAUCUGCGAGAACAACGGGCGCCCCGAGUUCGUGGUGCAGGUCAUCGAGCAGGGCCUGGAGGACCUGGUCUUCACCGACUCCUCGCCACAGGCCGUCUGGAACCGCAUCAUCGAGCCGGUGGCGGCCAUGAGGAAGGAGGCAGACAUGCUGCGGCUCUUCCCCGAGUACCUGAAGGGCGAGGAGCUCUUUGGCCUCACGGUGCACGCGGUGCUGCGCAUCGCCGAGUCCCUACCUGGCGUGGAGAGCUGCCAGAACUACCUAUUCCGCUAUGGGCGCCACCCGCUGAUGGAGCUGCCGCUCAUGAUCAACCCCACCGGCUGCGCCCGCUCCGAGCCCAAGAUCCUCACCCACUACAAACGGCCCCACACCCUGAACAGCACCAGCAUGUCCAAGGCCUACCAGAGCACCUUCACGGGUGAGACCAACACGCCCUACAGCAAGCAGUUCGUGCACUCCAAGUCCUCGCAGUACCGCCGCCUCAAGACCGAGUGGAAGAACAACGUGUACCUGGCGCGCUCCCGCAUCCAGGGGCUGGGGCUCUACGCUGCCAAGGACCUGGAGAAGCACACCAUGGUCAUCGAGUACAUCGGCACCAUCAUCCGCAACGAGGUGGCCAACCGGCGCGAGAAGAUCUACGAGGAGCAGAACCGAGGAAUCUACAUGUUCCGCAUCAACAAUGAACACGUCAUCGACGCCACGCUGACGGGGGGCCCAGCCAGGUACAUUAACCACUCGUGCGCCCCGAACUGUGUGGCUGAGGUCGUGACCUUCGACAAGGAAGAUAAGAUUAUCAUCAUCUCCAGCCGCCGGAUUCCCAAAGGGGAGGAGCUGACCUACGACUACCAGUUUGACUUCGAAGACGAUCAGCAUAAAAUCCCCUGCCACUGCGGAGCCUGGAACUGCAGGAAAUGGAUGAACUAGCCGCCACGGGGUCACCAGUCGCAGGCAGCCCCUGCUGCAAGGAGGCCUCUGCUGCGGGUUCUCCUCCCCCUUUGCCAUGCUGGGGGCGGGGGAAGCAGAGAUGGCGUAGGGGAAACGGCCCCAUCUGGAACCCAGGAAGUGAGGUUGGUGCAGGUGGGUCAGCCGGGGCCACUUUCGGUUCCAAAGGCGAGGUGGCUCCAGGGGGCACCGGUCCUCGCUCACACCCAUCGGAUGCCGUCCAACUAACUUCCACAGGGAGGGCGUAUUGAAAAGACCAGGGACCUCGGUUCUCUCCCUAGCCACUCCAGCCCUGCGCGCCUUGGCCCUGGGCCUCUGCUGGCAGGGCGCUGCUCUUCCCGAGUGGGUGGCCGCAGCGCCAUGAGUGGAACUGAUGAACUGGCAACUCAGGGUUUUCUUUGUUUUGCGAGGAGGGCAGGGCCUGUGGCACCAACAAAACCUGCUCUGUCCACCUUGCUCACUGUAAAUAACUGGACGGAUGUAGGGCGAUCGGGGUGCUCCAGCUCGGAGUCCGGGGCAGGGCAGCCGAGGUAUCAGACCCACGGGGAGCUCAGAUCCAGUCUGUUUGUUUAAAAAAAACAAAACAAAAAAACGAAUAUUUGCUCGCUAACUUACCAAGGUAACAAAGAGACUCCUUGAGCUUGACAAUCCCAAACCUCCCAGCCCGGCUCUCUGGAGACAGCCAGAGCUCGCUUGGGCUUCGGUUUAUUUCUUGUUCUGUCAACGAAAGCACCGUGAGCAUGUGAAGGAGGCACCAGCUGCCGGAGCAGAGCUGGGGAGAGCCGCGUGCAGAAAAGGGCUCCCCCCUCCCCCCCUGAUGGACACAAGGAGCCUCUGCACCCAAACCUACCUCAUUUUAAGUGUUAGAUUCUGCUGUUUUCAAUGUGACCCUCCCUCCGAGCCUGACCACGCGCAACCUUCCUAGUUCCCAAUGAGAACUAGUGGCAAUGGGCGGAGCCUGGGGAGCCCAAGGAGUGGUAGUGGGCGGAGCCUGGGGCCAAGGGAGAUUGUAGCCUUGAGCUCUGACCUGGUUCUGCUUGGAAGGAGAGCCCAUAAAAUAUCCCAGGAUCCCCUCCCCCCACCUGUGGGCCCCGCCCGGUUGGGUGCACAGGAGUGUUCCUGGCGACUCCCCCACCCUGCACAAAGCUGGGCACCCUGCUGCCAGCCGAGGGGCAGGGCCCAGGAGAGGUGGGGGUUCGGGGCUUUAAUUAGAAUGUGCCAAGACCCUGGCCUUGCUUCCACCCACCUUCCCAGCACAGCACAGCGUGGCGGAGAGACCAGGCGUUUGGGUUUGGAGGAGCUGAGCUCCGGGGGGGAGCCUCGCUACAGGCUGAGUUUGCUGCUGCUGCUGCCAUACUCCUGAGUCUGGGGGUGGGGCAGGGGGCCCUGCCUGAGCCACUCUGCUCCCCCACUACCCAGCUCCCCUUUCACUACCAGAACUGCUGCUCUAGGCUGGCCUGAGGAGGCUGUCUGUGUCUGUAAUGUCGGCAUGGUAGGGGGGGUAUUUAUCUAUUUAUACCUUAGCUUGUAUAUAGUAGAACCUUGGGGGGGCUCUCUCUCCUGUGCUCUGCUUGGCUGAGAUUUUGGACUGUGGGGGAGGGGAGAUCUUGGUGGGGAGGGCGGGGGGGAGCAAACAUCCUCCCCACUCCCUGCUCUUGUCUCCAUUGUUAAAUAGAAACCCCGUACGUGACAGGGUCCAGGAGCCUCCUGCCACGCGUGGGCUCCCCGGGGAGGGGAGGAGAUUGGUGGCUUUACAAACCAGGCCCCACUUCUCCCCUCCAGCCUCCCCCUGCUACAGCACCCUAUUGCUGAUGGUUGAAUGCUCAUGUGGGAGGGACCUUCUAAGACUGCUGUAAACCAGAGGGGGCUGGAGGUCCUGCGCUCGCCGCCCCUUUCCAUUAAACUGUAUCGUUUGACAUCUCUUAACGCACAAAGGCAUAACACCCCCACCCCCUCGGGGAUGGCACAGGGAAUGGCACAGUUGUGAGGAAAGAAGCAGAAACAAACUCCUGACCUGCUCUCCCAUGCCACAGCUGCCUGGCUCAGCUGAGGAGGGUUCUCUUUUGUAUUAAACUUCCUUCCUCUCCUGGGGCGGGAGAGGGAAUUCAAUGAAGUGAGAUUAUUUUGGGGGGAGUGAAAUCUGGGGGAGGGGGCCCCAGGGCAUUUUAUGUUUUUAAAUCAAAAGAUUUCAAGUGAGAGAGAAGAACUGUCGCGUUUUUAAAAAGCUGCUUCUGCAACUAUUCAAAGCUGCAAAAGGUUUAAAAUGAAAUGUUAAAACUCGGGGUGAGGGCAGGGAAUAAUAAAAUAAAAAAUAUACACAAAAUUUAAAUUUAAAACUGUAAAUAAAAUGGGAGCUGUGUAGAGAGAAAAAAACGUUUUUACCAAUAAUAAAACCACUGGAUGUUAUUUUAAAAUAAAGAUGGGCGAGAGAGAAAAAGCCAGUAUAACUUUUGUUUUGUUUUUUCCAUUCACUUGGAAGGCUGUAAAGUGUAUAAAAUAAAACUUUAAAAAAUUACUACAAAAAAAAGGAUUAAAGCUGGGCAAGAGUAAAGAAAAUAACAGACUAUAGCAGGUUGUAUGACUUUUUAGACUAUGGUUAGAGUAUAAAAUAGUCCUGUAGAUUUUAGCUGGGGAGGGGGGAAAACCUAUACAGUUUUUAAUUUUUAUAUAAACUAUAAUCCAGUCCCAGAGCUGAUCUUUGAUUUUUUUUUAAAGUUCUCUGCUUGUAAAUUCGCAUUCAAAGCCUUGUCCAAUACUUCUGUUUGUUUACAGUUGCAGAUAUUCUAUUUUAAGUUUUACCUUUUAUGAUCCUGAAAUAACCAUUUAUUAUUUUGUUGGGUUUUUUUAAAAAAUAAAGUUUAAAAUGAAACUAUGGCAAGCGUGGAGUCUGUGAGGAAUCUUCCUUUGGGUGGGGGGUUUAUUUUGUGUGUGAAUCCUGUACAGCGAGGUUGUCCUUCGGAACAAAGAAAAGAACGCGCGGGGGGGGGAUACAAUUAUUCUUUUUAAGAAACGCGAAGCUGAACCUGUCUGUGGCAUGUUUUGUACGGGAUGGACGUUUGAACUGUAUAGAAGUGAUGUUCCAAGAGGCACCGAGUGAGUUUCAAAGUUUGCUUCUCUGAGUUUGUUUUUAAAGGAAAAAAAUAAAAGUGCAUUUUCAAUACUGGG